CAGGCUUAAAGGUGACAAUGUAGCCAUAUGUUAUUAUGUAGGUUCAGUGUGCUAACGCUAGCUCUCUUAAGUUAGUCAUUGCUUAGCAACUUGUUUGCUUGUUUCGACCGGGAAGUUGUGCAGGUUAGCAGAUUUUCUGGGUGGUGUGACGUUAAUAGUGUUUACAGCUGGUGAAACGAACGGAAAGAUAGUUAUUUCGCCUGAACUAAUCAUAUAAAACUACUUUACCUCGACUAGCUGCUAAUUGGCUAGGCUAGCAAAUGAGUUGAAGGCCGUGCACCACUUUGACAGUAUAGCUUACUUUACUUAGCAUAGCAUAGCUGUCUCACAGUGAAUAGUGCUGUGGAUUAUGCUGAGAAGCUUCUGGUUUUUGGCCCAUGGCCGCUAGAAUAUAAAACUGACUCUCUGAUUAUGGCCACUGGAAAUCAUGUUGGGAACGAUGCAGAUGUCCACAGGCUCAAGCAAGCCAAGGCCCUCGAUCUUUUCAACCACAGAAGCGCUCCUGCAGAUGAAGAGAACAUGAGGGAGGUGGAUUAUUUAUGUAAGGAAGAAAUAGAUAAAGACAGAUUUCCAGUGGGGCGUUGCAUGCACAACUACGGCAAAGUAAAACGAGUGGUGAGCAAGAAGACGCGUCAUUCAGCGGUGGGUUCUGCAGUUCGGCUGCGAGUGCCUUCAGCAGGCAGACCCUCUGACAUGGCCAACAAAGAGAAUGAGCUGACGUGUGCCGAGGACGUGCAGGGCGUUCACUAUAAGGACAAGUGUGCGUUCCCUGUGAACUCGACAGACGGCUCUAAAAUGGCAGGAGCUGGCUCCAAGUACAGUGACUACUUCACUGAGUUAUCCAAGGACCAUGACACAAUGACUCAUGUGCUCUUUGGGAGGAAUCUCAGGUUAAAUGUGGCUUUGACACUUUGGCGAAGAAAUGCUAGUGAACUAGUGGCGUAUUUGAUCAGAAUACAAGACACAGGAGUGUUGAUUGACUGUCUUCCUGUUCUCACAAAAAGCCUUCAAGAAGAACAGUCAUGUGUUUCCAUUGGUUGCUGUGUCGACCUUUUACCGCAAGUGAAGACAGUACUUCUUGGCAGAUAUGAAGUGCACCUCACUGUGGCUUUGCACUGGGUUCAGUCGGUUGUUAAGAAAUGGUGGCCUGAACUCUCAUCAAAUGGAAAAACUCUGCAAGACCGCUGUUCAAAUGAGAAAAAUGUUCAGGCAAUGCGAAAGCUGCUGCUUGAUCUUUGGGAUGAUACAUGUUCAUUAUCCUCAGUACCAGGAACUGUGGGGGAAAUGAGCAAGGAAAUUGAAUCCUAUCUGUCACAACUGCGCUGAUGUCUUGAUGUAGAACACUUGAGGAAAUGACCACUACACGCACUUGCUGCGGUUUUCAAAGCUGCUCUUUUAACAGCAGGAUAAACUGAGUCUUUGCAUUACUCCAGAAGAGGACGUGACUCGAUGGUGAAUGGGGAGACAGAUGAACUGACCAAUUCAGAUCCUCCCUAUAUUCAAACUGGAGACAUGUCUUAAAGGGUAAACCCUUUCCCAUAAACCCUGACUGCUUCACAUUGAAGUGGACUUUUUUUUUUCAUUAUUGGCACUCAGUCAACUCUAUGAGACUGUAAAGAAUCAGGUAACUCACAGAAGUGCCAUGGAGAAGUUUUAACUCACUUGCAGUGCCACAAUGUGCACUUGCUGAAGUGGAUUUGACGUACCGUGUCCUGAGUCAACUCCUCGUACAAUGUCUUAACAAUGAAGAGCUUGUAGUCCUGCAGUCUUAAGUUAUUGAAGCUUUCACUGUCUUAUGCUUGUUCAUGGAUGAAAUGAUUGUGCAUCAUGGUGAUUUUCUUUUAAUCAACUUCUAAAUAAAUUUGCAAAAUUUGCCAAA